AUGCUGGGCGCCGCGUCGCGUGCUGUGGGCCGCGCCGCCGUCCGCUGUGCGCGUCGCGCCGGGACGCCCGAGGCCCGCGCCCCCUCCGCCCCCGCCAUGUCCCGGCCUCCGAAGGCCGCCUCGGGCGGCUCGGCCCGGCCCGCUACGGUGCUGGGCACCAUGGAGAUGGGACGCCGCAUGGACGCGUCCGCCAGCGGCGCGGCUGUGCGCGCCUUCCUGGAGCGCGGCCACGUCGAGCUGGACACGGCCUUCAUGUACAGCGACGGCCAGUCCGAGAGCAUCCUGGGCGGCCUGGGGCUCGGGCUGGGCGGCGGCGACUGCAGAGUGAAAAUCGCUACCAAAGCCAAUCCCUGGGAGGGGAAGUCGCUGAAGCCUGACAGUCUCCGGGCCCAGCUGGAGACGUCGCUGAAACGAUUGCAGUGCCCCCGAGUGGACCUCUUCUACCUCCACGCACCUGACCAUGGCACCCCUGUGGAAGAGACCCUGCGCGCCUGCCACCAGCUGCACCAGGAGGGCAAAUUUGUGGAGCUUGGCCUCUCCAACUAUGCUGCCUGGGAGGUGGCUGAGAUCUGUACCCUCUGCAAGAGCAAUGGCUGGAUCCUGCCCACCGUGUACCAGGGCAUGUACAACGCCACCACCCGGCAGGUAGAAACAGAGCUCUUCCCUUGCCUCAGGCACUUUGGAUUGAGAUUCUACGCCUACAACCCUUUGGCUGGGGGCCUGCUGACUGGCAAGUACAAGUAUGAGGACAAGGAUGGGAAACAGCCUGUGGGCCGCUUCUUUGGAAAUAACUGGGCUGAGGCAUACAGAAACCGCUUCUGGAAGGAGCACCACUUCGAGGCCAUUGCCCUGGUGGAGAAGGCCCUGCAGGAUUCGUAUGGCAGCAGUGCCCCCAGCAUGACCUCAGCUGCCCUCCGGUGGAUGUACCACCAUUCCCAGCUCCAGGCUCCCCUUGGGGACGCAGUCAUCCUGGGCAUGUCCAGCCCAGAGCAGCUGGAGCAGAACUUGGCAGCGACUGAGGAAGGGCCCCUGGAGCCUGCCGUGGUGCAGGCCUUUGGUCAAGCCUGGCACCUGGUUGCCCAUGAAUGUCCCAACUACUUCCGUUAGGCCUCCAGGAGGGUCAGGUUGCCAAAGGUGUCUUUCUUUUCUGUCUCCUCUUUUUCUCUCAGUGUGGCCAGUCUUUGCCUUCAGCUGAUUUAGUGUGAUCUCUCCGGAUGGUUUGCAUCCAUAAAUUAUUUUUCUAGAUUCCCACCUUGCUAUCGGUUGCCUUCACAGUGUGGAGGGCCGGGGCGUUUCUUGUCUGAAUAAAGCAGGCACUUGACGACCUGGCUGUAGCUGUGUCUGGGGCGAAUCCUCUGCUGCUUGCACUUCUUUCUGGGCUCCCUGCAGACUCACUGUCAUAGGCAGAACCCUGAGCUGGAGCCUUCAGCGGGUAGAGGUGGUGGGAGGUCUCCUGCAUCCAGCCUGACCCUUCAACAGAGGUCACCUCACUUCCCCACUCCAUAGAAAAAAAGAGGCCCAAACAGAUCCUUCUUUUGUUUAGAAUUACUUCACCUGUCUACAUACCACCUUGAAUGCGCCCGAUCUUGUCAGGAUUACCUCACAAAAUACUAAGAAAUGGGCAAAACCUAACAUUAGAAUCACCUCCAAGAAGAAAACCUUCCAAAAUGCUGUGGAACAUUUUAAAUACACUCUGAGUUUCGGCAGUGGCUUUCCUCUGGGAGGCGUGAUUCUUAGCCCAGCCCUGGACCUCCUGCUGGUUGAGGGACGGGCCUGGGCAGUCAGGGUCCCCAUUCCUGUCAGCAAAUCUGAACCCAAGCAAGAGGCAUCGAAGACUGAAAGAGAAAGUCAUGCCUGGGUCUGGUGGUUGCUGUCUGACCAAUCUCAGUGAGAAAAAUCACUCCAGCUGGGGCGGUGGGGCCACGAGGGUGCAGGCUGCGCAGGAGUCACACUCAGCACAUGCUCAUCCUCACAUGACAGAGGGAGCUGUUUUAUAUCCUAUUGCACAAAGUAUGCUAAAUGGUGUGGCGCAUGUGCAAGCGCGUGCACACACACACACACGCACACAGCCUCAUAGUGUGUGAUUUGAUUUACAUGAAAUAUCUGGAAUGGGCAAAUUUCUUGGAGACAGAAAGUAAGCAGUGGUUGCCCAGGGCUGAGAGGGAUGUUGGGAAGAAGUGAAAUUAACUAUUGGAUAUCUUCUUGGGUGUUGAAGGUGCUCUAAAGUUGUGACAGGUGGCAGUACAGCUGGGUUCUCCCCCUCCGUGUGGCCUGGGCUCCCUCAUCAUGGCUGUUGACUUAAGGGCAUCCCAAGAAAACCAAACAAGCCACCAUGCCUUUUAUAUCCCAGCCUCGGAAGUGCAUGACAUCACUCUCACCUCACGGGAGGGUCAGUCAUGUGAAAAGGACACGAGAGAACAGGUGGCCGUCUUUGGGGAGCAAGUUCUGCCCCAGGGACCUGCAGCGCUGAGUAGUCAAGUCCCGAAGAUGAACCUGUCCCAACUGGGAGACCUGCAGUCCUGAGGGCCGCCGUCAGAGCCGUGGAGGUUGGUCACUCCAACGAGCUGUUCGAGUCUCUGAGGGCGUGCCUCACGGAGCAUGAGGGCGUGAAAGCGGCCACUUCCUACCUAGGGAGCUUUUCAAGACAAAGGGGCAGAGUCGGGCCUGGUAAAGAGCACAGCUACUUUUAAUCUGCCUCAAAUUAGGGAAACUGGGUGUGGUGUAUAAAAGAAUGGAGACUUGGUAUCAAUCUUGUGUCUUUGAGUGAAAGGGACGGAAAGUGGGCCAUGACGACUGCCCAGAACGGGCCUCUGGGCUGGGCUGACCUACUGGCUUCCUUCCCAUUUGGCCCUGCUUGUUACUAGUGUUGUGAUGAUUGACAUCUCCAGUGACGCAAACCUGCAUUCUGAAGACAUUUUAGAAGCAAUAAGGAAGGGGGCUUCUC